GAGAGGUGUAAAUUGGGGCGUUACAUCAUGGAACAAAAGUUUAGGUCUAUGGAAAUUCAAGACUCAAAGUUCAAACUAUACUGAUACUAAAGACAAUAUUCUUCACCUUACAAAGGUAAGAAAUUAAUAAUGUAAUUAAUAAAUCGCAAAAUUCAAUUAACAGUACGUCUGUUUAUCGGUCUAUAAUCUAUAUAUGCAAUAAUUUUGUGGAAACAUUUUAUAGUUGGCUCCAAUAAUUCAUAUAUUACGUACUGUACUAGUAGAAUGCAUGUGUUGGAAUGAAGAAGCCUAUGGAGGAGACUUAGGAGAAGACCAGCAUUAAGAGCAAGUUCAUCCGUGGGUCACCAGGUCACUUACUAUGCACUACUUUUUAUGUGUAUUUUCACUAUCUGAGUCACGAACACAGUGUAUUUCGUGUCUUGGGUCAUUUUCUGGGUCACUCUAGUAACCUACAAACUGACCUGGUGACCCAGGUCAUAUUAGAAACUGUGUCCGUGACCCAGAGAGUGAAAAUAAAUACUAAAAAGCAGUCAAUAAUAAGUGACCGGUGACCUAACGGAUCAAUUUGCUCUAAUAAUUCCUCCAUAGAAAUCAUUGACGGACAUGAAUAAUUGUAUAUAUGUACGACUUGUCUUUUCAUGUGCAAGAAAAAUCCAGUAGCACUAUUUACUAUUGUAACUACAUAUGCGGGGUAAUAGUAAUGUGUCUGUAUCUUUCGUGGAAUUAGCUAGCUAGAUAGUAAUAUGUUUGUCUGUUGUGGAAUUAGCUAGCUAGCUUGCUAUCUAGUCAACAUUCGUCGUGUGAAUUAGUGCAUCACUCGAUCUAUAAAGAUGGCACAUGUAACUCACAAGUUGGGAAGCAUUACACUUAAUUGCUUCUUUUCUUAGCUUAACUACUUCACUGUACAAUGGGAAAGGCCAAUAUACUUGCCAAAAGCCCUUCCAUGCUUUCAAAAGUGCUACUUUUUGGAAUACUAGUAAUGGCUCACAUAGCAGCAACUACAGGUUCCAAGAUUGGUGUUUGUUAUGGAACCAUGGGAAACGACUUACCGCCAGCACAGGAAGUAAUAUCUAUGUUCGACCAGUAUAGAAUUCAGAAAAUCCGUCUCUAUGAUCCUAACCAAGGAGCUCUCCAAGCCCUUAGAGGCUCCAACAUCGAGGUCAUGCUUGGUGUUGAAAAUGAACGCCUUCAAGACAUUUCUUCUAGCCAAGACAAGGCGAAUUCCUGGGUCCAAAGUAAUGUCAUAAACUAUGGCAAUGUCAAUUUCAAAUACAUUGUUGUUGGAAACGAAAUAGAUCCUACAGGUCCACAAGCAUCAUUUGUUGCCCCUGCAAUGGAAAACAUUCAAAAAGCAAUUACUUCGGAGAAUCUUGCCAGUAAAAUCAAAGUCUCCACUGCCAUUUCCACUGCCGUCCUCAAAGAACCCUCUUACCCUCCAUCAAACGGAUCAUUCCGUAUCGACCAUUUGCCAUUUCUUAAUCCCAUCAUCGCCUUCUUAGCACGCAACCAAUCUCCACUGCUUGUUCAUAUAUACCCUUAUUUUGCUUACAGUCAAAACCGUCAGAUUAAUAUCGAGUAUGCUCUUUUUACAUCUCCAUCACCUGUAGUGCAUGAUGGCCAGCUUGGGUAUCAAAACCUGUUUGAUGCUAUUCUCGAUACAGUUUACUCGGCACUAGAGAGAGCUGGCAGCGGUUCCUUGGGAAUCGUUGUAUCGGAGUCUGGUUGGCCCUCUUUCGGUGGGGAUGGAGAAGUGACUACAAUUGAGAAUGCAAGAAUUUACAACUCCAAUUUGAUCAAUCAUGUGAAGGCUAAUGGGACUCCAAAGAAACCUGGAAGCACUAUAGAGGCUUAUGUGUUUGCCAUGUUUAAUGAGAAUCAAAAGAAAGGUCCAGAGAUCGAGAGACAUUGGGGGCUCUUCUACCCAACCAAACAGCCUAAAUAUCACAUUGAUUUCAAUUAAGCCAAAAUGCUGAUGCUUUCUGGAAUCACGGGCACUUUUCUUAUUUCUUGUGUAAUUAAAUAACUAUAAUAAAAGGCCAACUAGUAGCAAUGAUAGAUCUUUUAUCAUUUAUGGCCUUGCCACUGUAUAAAUCCAGAUUAAUGCGGAAUUGUGGAUGACAUGUUCUAGCUCUAA